AUGUACAAUAUCCUUAUCAGAGCAAAACAGAACAAAGCACUUCCAGCUAUUCUUGAUUCAUUCGUUGAAAAUUUCCAAAUCUUCUCAACACAACGUUUUUCAAACAAGCUGAUCGAAGCAAUACUGAGCGACAAUGUCGACGAAUUUAUCAGUGUUUGCUCAAUGCCAGAUUUUAACUUCAUCAUCGCCAGCUCCGUUUUAUCUACUCUUUGCUCCAAAGCUUCCAUGCCAGUCUCCAUCGCUCAUUGA